GAAGGUCGGCUUCCUCCGCCAUUCCCGUCAUCCGGAACGGAACUCGCCUCGAAAUCGGUCCCUUGGAGAAGACCUUCGUGUUCUGCUCGGCGGAAGUGGAACCCGUCGCGGCCCUCCACGACUACCAGGUGGCGUGGAGGGACAGCGGCGGACGCUCCGUCAGCCAGGAUCCCGAGGCACCGCUGUUCGCUCUCGGCCGAGGCACUCACGUCCCUCACUCGUACCUCGUGUUGGCACCCUUCGGCCUCGACAGCGCCGGCGUGUACAGCUGCGUCCUGUUCUUCCGUGGACAGGAACUGGCGUCCUCGACCGUCGACCUUCAGCUCAAGGAAACAAGCUCGGCCUGAGCUGAGAACACGAGCGAAAUUCCUACGGGACUGGAUGGCGAUUCCGAGUCCUCAUUAGUACAAAAAACACUAGGCUCUGUUUUUUUCGUAUGUGUUAGUAAUAUUUAUUUGAAAAGAGAAGAUAAUUGGCAAAGGACUAGAUGACUACUGGUCUUCUUUUGCAUCAACGACUUGAUGAUAGAUUAUGCUUCUAUUUAUUCCUGUCCUAUUUAUGAAUUAAAAGAUAUUUAUUUAUAGAAUGUAUUGAUGCAUCUAUU